CCCCCCGCCCCCGACAUCCCGGCCAGAUAAAGGGGCCGAGGCCAAGAGGGAGAGAGACCCCGCCCCCCUUGAGAAGACAAGCCGCAGCCCCUGCAGGACGGGGGCCUGCGUCGCUAUGGGUUCCACCGCUACUGCGGAGGGAGCGCUGGGCUACGUCCGCGAGUUCACUCGCCACUCCUCCGACGUGCUCGGCAACCUGAAUGAGCUGCGCCUGCGCGGGAUCCUCACUGACGUCACGCUGCUGGUUGGCGGGCAACCCCUUCGAGCUCACAAGGCAAUUCUUAUCGCCUGCAGUGGCUUCUUCUAUUCAAUUUUCCGGGGCCGUGCAGGAGUGGGAGUGGACGUGCUCUCCCUACCGGGGGGCCCUGAAGCCGGAGGCUUCGCUCCUCUUCUGGACUUCAUGUACACUUCGCGCCUACGCCUCUCUCCGGCCACUGCACCAGCGGUCCUUGCGGCGGCCACCUAUUUGCAGAUGGAACACGUGGUUCAGGCAUGCCACCGCUUCAUCCAGGCCAGCUAUGAACCUCUGGGCAUCUCCCUGCGGCCCGUGGAAGCAGAACCUCCUACGCCCCCAACGGUCCCUCCACCAGGCAGUCCCAGGCGCUCCGAAGGGCACCCAGACCCACCUACUGAGUCUCGCAGCUGCAGUCAAGGCCCCCCCAGUCCAGGCAGCCCAGAUCCCAAGGCCUGCAACUGGAAAAAGUACAAGUUCAUCGUGCUAAACUCUCAAGCCUCCCAAGCAGGGAGCCUGGCAGGGGAGAGGAAUUCUGGUCAACUUUGCCCCCAGGCCGGGCUCCCCAGUGGAGAUGAAGCUUCCAGCAGCAGCAGCAGCAGCGAAGAAGGACCCAUUCCUGGUCCCCAGAGCAGGCUUUCUCCAACUGCUGCCACUGUACAGUUCAAAUGUGGGGCUCCAAUCAAUACCUCCCAUCUCCUCAUACCCCGGGCCCAAGAGACCAUUGGAUCACCCUCUGGGCAGGCUCGUCCACUACCACGAAGUGAAUUUUUCAGCUGCCAGAACUGUGAGGCUGUGGCUGGGUGCUCAUCGGGGCUGGACCCCUUGGCUCCUGGGGAUCAGGACAAGCCCUACAAGUGUCAACUCUGCCGGUCUGCCUUCCGCUACAAGGGCAACCUGGCCAGUCACCGCACCGUGCACACAGGGGAAAAGCCCUACCACUGCUCCAUCUGCGGAGCCCGCUUUAACCGGCCGGCUAACCUAAAAACGCACAGCCGCAUCCACUCGGGAGAGAAGCCCUAUAAGUGUGAGACGUGCGGCUCGCGCUUUGUGCAGGUAGCGCAUCUGCGCGCGCACGUGCUGAUCCACACCGGGGAGAAGCCUUAUCCUUGCCCCACCUGCGGGACUCGCUUCCGCCACUUACAGACCCUCAAGAGCCACGUUCGCAUCCACACGGGAGAGAAGCCUUACCACUGCGACCCCUGCGGCCUGCAUUUCCGGCACAAGAGUCAACUACGGCUCCAUCUGCGCCAGAAACACGGAGCUGCUACCAACACCAAAGUGCACUACCACAUUCUAGGGGGGCCAUAGCAGAGCGCCGGCCCAGACCCCACUGCUUCCCGGAAGUGGGGAAGCUGCGAGCUCACGCCUGGCUUCCCUGUCAGGCUUGGGUAUGGGGGUGUGCAAGGCCCCUCCAGUAUCAGAAACUGCCACCACCUUAAUUUCUCUCUGGGGAGAGCAGGGGUGGCAGAUCCUGGCUUGAUCUGCCUCUGUUUUGCUGGUCAAAACCUCUUCCCCACAAUCAAAAUUGUUUCUGAGGAGACAGCAAGCUAGGAGCUGGGGGAGGGGAGAGACUGGAAGCCUAGUUUCCUUGAGGAAACAGUCCUUCACAGGCAGCCCCCAUCUCAUUCGGUUUAUCUAUAAAUAUAAUUUAUUGAGGCCUUUGAGUGGCACCAGGGCCUUCAUUCUAUUGCAUUUCCCACUUCCUCUUCCACAAGUGUGAUCAAAAGUGACCUGAAACACAGAAUGUGAGGUCACAACUCUGCUGGCAGAGAUUGGCACUUGGCUGUCUCCUUUGGCCUUUGUGUUUUAUAUUAUUAUUGUCAUAACUUUUAUCUUUUAGAAUUGUUCUUUCUCCU